GGACCUGGCUCAAUUGAUGAAGAAUAAUUUGAUAAAUUCAAUUUAACUAAAACAAAUGACUAAAUGUUUAAUAAUUACAAUUUUGUUUUGAGUUUGUUGGGUUUUAUUAGUUAAAUCAAGAAAUGAAUAAAAUCUGCAGAAUUUGUUUGGAGGAAGGGGUACUCUCUUCGGUGUUUACAAAGAAUUUCAAUAUAUCCUUAUGUGAUAUGAUUGAAUAUUGCUGUAAUGUGAAGAUUGGGAAAAAUGAUGGGCUGCCAGAACAAUUGUGCAGCAACUGUAUAUACAAGCUGGGAGUGGCUUACCAUUUUAAGCAGACAUGUGAGAGUGCGGAUGUACGACUCAGGCAGUACUUGGGACUGCAGUUAACGUCUAAGUAUAAUGAUGCAGCUAUUAUGACGGACCCUCUGCCCAUACCACAAGCUAUAAUAAAGAAAUGCAAAUGUAGACUGUCCCAGAAAAAAAGUAGCACCAACUACAAGAAGAAACCUGAGGAGGAAAAGUUAAAGCGUGGGCCGAAGCCUAAACCCAAACAAGUGCAUGCAUGUUAUGAGUGUGACAAGGAGUUCCGCUGCCAGGCACAGUUGGAGACACAUGUCAGAACUCACACGGGCGACAAGCCCUUCAGUUGCAUGUACUGCUCCCGCCGCUUUGCGCAGAAACACAACCUGACCAUUCACCUCCGGGUACACACAGGCGAGAAGCCAUUUCAAUGUGAGGUCUGCAGUAAAACAUUUUCCGCGCAGGGAAAUCUUCAGGCCCAUCUCAAAAUUCACACAGGACAAAAGGAUCAUGUUUGUUCACUGUGUAACAAGUCGUUUAUCACAUCCAGCGAGUUGUCGCGACACAUUAACAAACACAGAGGGGUCAAGAACUACAAAUGCGACAUCUGCGGGGCUGCUUACGCGCAAAGCAGGGAUCUGAAAAUACACAAGAUGAAAAAGCACCAGAUUAGCACUCAAAAUACCACAACUCAAAAUGACGCUUACAACAAUAGCAGCAACAUUGACAUCAUUGGCAUUGAUGUGGGUAAAGAGAGCUCUCUGCCAACGAAAGUGCACAGUGGGCACAGACCAGCAGACAUCGAAAGUUUAGGCUUGGUCAGCUCUAAAGAGCUGCAUUCAGUUGGCAGGAAGCCACAGCCCAGCCAGUUGUGUCAGAGUAAAGGUUUCCAGCAGUACGGCAACAAGCUGGACCCCCACACCUGCACGGUUUGCGGUGAAGUGUUUGAUUACAUUACUGCUCUAGCACAACAUUAUUUACAUCAACAUAAAGACUGUGAACCAUUACCCAUAUUAAGUUAAUUAGUAAUUUUUCUUCCGAGCAAGGACCUGUGAUAGUGACAUUGUUGAAAUAUUUACAGAGUGUGUAUCUCUUUUGAUGCGCGAUUGUGGUAGCUCAAGGCGGUUAUGAGAAAUAUUAAUCAUUUAUUUGAAAGAUGAUGUGCAAAAAUAUGAUGAUAAUAUGAUGGAUGCCACAGGAUGGCCCAAAAUAUGUUGACAAUUUUUUAACUGCGGCAUAGCAUAUUGUAUUAUAAUUUAAACAAACAUUUACACAUGUGUUUCAAAGUAUUGUUUUAGUUAAAUGUUCCUAUUUUGUUUAAGUGUACGGAUAUAGUGUAGUAUAGAAGAAACAUAGUGCAAAGGUAGUGGUACCCACUUAAUACUUAUAUUAUUAUUCUUUUAAACAGCAAUAAAGGCUUAUUUUAUUUUAUUUAUAUUUUUUAAAUGAUAUUUUAUAAGUAGUGUUAGUAAGAAAAAUUUUCUUAAAUUGUUUUGGAACAUAUUUUUGGGCAACCUCUGUAUACAGAUAAACUGUCACUUUUUAAUACUGUACAA